UGGUGCAGCACACAGCGGAAGCAGAUUCAGGAGAAUCCGGAACUGUAGAAGGACUUGUGCUGAUCGUUUAAUCGAAAGUAAAAAUGUCCACAGUGGAGUUUCUGAUAAACUUUGUCAACGAGCGGCUGUCUGCCGCCGUGGAUGAAAUUUUCACGGUGUUUGAAAACACGAUCGUCAAAUACGAGCAGGACAUCGAGCGGCAGCGCAGGCUGCUGGAGAGCUUCUGGAAGCCGGAGAUCAAGCUUCAGAGGAUCGACCACCCACAGCUCCACGUCACUGCAGCAGAGAAGGUUCUUCCUAAAAAGCGUCUCUGUAACCAGGAGAGGAACUGCAGCCUGAACCAGGAGGAACCAGGGCCUCCUCAUGUUAAACAAAAACACAAGAAACUGUUGUCCAAUCAGCAAGAACCAAAGCGUCCACAGAUCAAAGAACAGCACAAACUCAGGAGGGAGGGAGUGCAGUCGGCACUGAAGCGUCACACCGAGAGCUUUGUGGUGGCUCCUGUUUAUGAGGAACAUAGAGAACAGGAACCAAACGAUGGCCAGAUUCUCUUUCACAGCUCCCCAAACUGGAGUCUGAUAGGAAGCAAGCACGUGAGGUCAGGAUCAGCCGCAAACGUGGACGAGAAACAAAGAAGGAAGCGCAGAAGAAAGGCCAAUGAAAGAAACUGUAGAAAACUCUCACACGUCCAAGAGUCAGCAUAAAAAAGUCUGCAUAAUGUGAAGUGGGUAAAAAAAACUUUAUGAAAAAGUCCCAAAUGCUGAAGCUUCCCAGGAUCCGCACACGUGUGACACAUAGUUGUAGGUUGUAAACUGUCACUCCACACAAGAAGUUGUGUUCAAGCAAGAUUUGCACUAAAUGUCACAGAAAUACAGCAAACGUGUGUUUCAGGCUGCACGAAUAUCUUUGGGGAAAAAUAUGUUUCGAAGUCAGUCACAAGCAUUUCAUACGUUUCAAAGAUUUUUAUUUGCAAAUAAACUGCUGAACGAGUCUGUGUUUGCAGAGGCAACGUGUGCUGCAGCUCAGCUUCUGGGUCAAAUCCUGAUUGUUCCUGCUUUAUCACAGCUCCAGGAUCAGUUUGUGAGCUUCUGCUCUUCCACCUGCUUUUUAAGGUUUGACCAAACUAACUGUCAGUCGAUGACCAGCUGAACGUUUUCCAGCAUAUCACAAGAAAGUGAUACCAAGUCGCUUGGACGAGAAUCAAAUGAACAUUUUGGAAACUCCUGGGAUUUACAUACAUUUGAUUUAUUUGGCAAUAAAAUUCUUUUAAACGUGUGAAAUGUUCCCGAUGGUUCUCGAUUACAUCAUAAAAUCAUAUAAAACAGCAAAUUUGUGCCAGUAAAAAAAACUUUCGACCAAGUCUAUAAAUGCAGACUAACGGAGCGAGCUGUGAGGCCAUCUUUGAGUUUCUUUGAGGUCCUGGAGGAAAAGCUUACACGUUUGCACCACGUGUGUAGUUCCUGAUGUCAGUAUUAGAAACAGAUUGUAAAUAUUCCGUUCUUUUUUCUUUUGUUUUAAUAAAUGAGGUGAAUUAAAGACCGAAGCUCUAAAUGAGUUUGUUACUGAGUAACUCUGCAUGUCCUUUCAGCUUUCUUUAUUUUAUUAAUCAUGUAAAAAUGCACUAGUUGUACAUAGAUUGAUACGUCUGAUGUUUUGAAGAUGUUUUGUCAUCUUUUCUUUGUUCAGGUUUUUUAAAGUGACACUCGAGUUCUGGACGUUUUCUUUAAUAAAUGAUUCACAAACCAACAGUCGGCUCUCUGGGAUCCUUCAUCGCACUCGCGAGCGCUUAAGUCAAACAUGGCGUCUCCUGCUGUUUCAUCACUAAGCCCACACGUUUACAGAUGUUUUGCUGUGGCCUCCAUGUGAGAAACAGCUCAUCGUUCGUUGGGCACUCAGCAGCUUCAUUCUUCUGAAGCUCAGAUUGAAAUGUUGUUUUGACUAAUAGACAGCAGGGGGCGCCUCCUCACAUGCAAAAGGAAGCAAGAAAAUGAACCUGCUCUUCUCUUGACCUCUGACCUCAGUAAAUAAUUUCCUGAUGAGUUUGUCACAGAAACUGUGCUCCUGUGAAUUCUGUGGGAAGGGUUUCAGUCAGAACAGCGAUUUAACGGCUCGCCUGAGGAUCCACACCGGUGUGAAGCUGUAUAUUUGCAAAACAUGCAGGAAGUGUCUCCAAAAUCACUCGAGCGUAGCAAGCCACAUGAGAAUCUACAUGUGGGAGAAACUACAUCUGGGAAAAAAAAUCUGAAGAGGUUCAGCUUCAUGACGCCAUUCGAGAGGAGAAGCUGUAUUCUUGUUAACUGUGCGGGAAACGGUUCACUCAGAGCGGCAGCUUGAAGGUCCACAUGAGGACUCGCAUGGGCAGGAAGCCGUUUCCUGCAGGAUGUGUGGGAAAAGUUUCAGAAGCAGCAGCAACCUGCCGGUCGACACGAGAACCACAGAGUGGAGAACGGGGAAGCUUCCAGGCGGGACGCCACAGAGCUGAAGCAUCAAAUCACAGAUGAUGGAGAAAUCAUCUGUGAUUGAAAUGUCCAUCACCCAGAGUCGGAGCGCUGUUAGAGGAGUUAUGAAUGCACCAACCCCGUACUUGGACUGCAUAUUAGUCUGAUGACAGAAACCGGGUCAAGUGUCCUGACAACAGCUCAGUCUGUGGGCUGAUCUAGUAUUUUUUAGCUCUGAGCUGUUCUGUGUUUCACAAGACGACUGCAAAGAAAUAAAGUCCUGUUUUUAUUUAUUGUUUUACUUACUUUGAACAUAAAAGAACGAUUCAGUUUCUUCCUCAUCGUGAUGAAUAAAUCAUUUCAUAGGUGCUGAUGUCAAUACUGGAAAAGUUCAGUCAGUGUAUCUCUGUGAAAAUACAGUCUUCAGUUUUUAGAAAAUAUCUAAAAUACAUUUAAACAUCAUGCUGUUAACUUUUCUAAUAUUUAAAAUGUCAGCAGCUCAAAUUCUUGGUAUAAAAAUGAGACGUGACAAGAAAAUGAACGAGGAACUGAGACCGUCGCUUAUUGAAAAAGAAAUCAGCGCCUUGUGUUAGAUUCACGCACCCUGUUUGACACGUGAAGAACUGGUGAUAUUCUUCCUGCCUUACAAUGUGUCAGAUUCAUGAAACAAGGUUUGUGUGUGAUUCAACCCACAACCCGAGGUUUUCAUUACAUGCUCAUUAUAAAAAUGUCUUUUUCGUCAUAGAGACCUUUCGUAUUUCAGAACUGUCUCAUGCACAGAGACCAAGCUGAACUUGAACUUACACGGCCGGCCUGAGGGCGCCUUGGUGUUCCCCGAGACC